AAUAGCUUAAAGAUAAUUGAAGUAGGUUUAGCUAAAGCAAGGGCCGCGAUACGUGAAGCAAUUAGGACAAGAAGAUAUAUGUCCACGAAGAAAGAGACCUUUAUCCCUAGAGGUUCCAUUUACAGAAAUCCAUAUGCUUUUCAUCAGAGCCACAUAGAGAUGAUGAAGAGGUUCAAGGUGUGGACCUAUGGAGAAGGAGAGCAACCUUUAGUCCACAGUGGACCAUUGAAGGACGCGUACGCCAUAGAAGGGCAAUUCAUAGAUGAAAUAGAAAGCUAUAAAAGUCCCUUCAGGGCUUGCAAUCCUGAAGAGGCACACGUAUUUUUCAUGCCCAUUAGCGUAACCAAUAUUGUUGAUUAUGUUUAUAUGCCUAUCACCACAGACGCAGACUUCUAUCGUGAUCGUCUGCAAAAGAUUGUGAUGGACUACGUUAAGGUCGUUGCAAAUAAGCACCCUUACUGGAACAGAAGCAAUGGUGCUGACCAUUUCAUGCUUUCAUGUCACGAUUGGGCACCAGAUAUCUCAGUUGCCAACCAUGAACUCUUCGAGAAUUUAAUUAGGGCCCAUUGUAAUGCUAACACCUCUGAAGGAUUUCAGCCCAUUAGAGACAUCUCAAUUCCUGAAAUUUACAUACCUAGUGGAACACUUGGCCCACUUCUUCAGGGCCACGGCCCAAACAACCGCCCAAUCCUCGCCUUCUUUGGUGGUCAGGCUCAUGGAGACAUUCGUGAAAUCUUACUCAAGAAUUGGAAGGACAAAGACGAUGAUGUACAGGUCCAUGAGUACCUUCCUCAAGGCCCGAAUUACACCAAAAUAAUGACCCAAACUAAGUAUUGCUUGUGUCCUAGUGGAUUCGAAGUGGCAAGUCCUAGAGUUGUGGAAGCAAUAUACAAAGGGUGUGUUCCAGUUAUAAUUUCUGAUAGUUAUCAUUUACCAUUUAGUGACGUCCUCAAUUGGGGUCGAUUUUCAGUACAAAUUCCAGUGGAAAAGAUUCGAGAAAUUAAGAAGAUUUUGCUAGGGAUUCCCCAUGAGAAGUACAAGAAAUUGCAAAAGAAUGUAAUAAAAGUGCAAAGGCAUUUUGUGCUAAACCGGCCGGCUAAGCCAUUUGAUGUCCUUCACAUGGUGCUUCACUCGGUGUGGUUGAGGAGACUUAACUUCGCACUCCCUGCUUGA